GGCUCAGUCAUUCGACUACCAGAUUGUCCAAGAUGCGUGUCGUUUUUGUUUUGAUGGCCUUUGGCCUUGCUAUGGCUGCAGCGGUGCCAGAGAACAUCCAGAGGAUUGUUGGAGGGGAGGUGACGAGCAUCGAAAAGUACCCCUUCAUGGCAGCCAUGAUGUAUUCCUGGAACCUGCUGACGUACUACCAGUCUUGCGGAGGCUCUGUGCUCAAUUCCAGAGCUAUACUUUCAGCUGCACAUUGCUUCGUCGGCGACACGCCCUCCAGAUGGCGCGUCCGCGUCGGCUCCACCAUGGCCAACAGUGGUGGCGUGGUCCACCACCUCCGCCAGAUCAUCAACCAUCCAGACUACAUCCGAGCCACUGCUGGAGCAGACAUAGCCAUCCUUCACACGGAGACUACUAUUGUGUUUAAUGACAGGGUUCAGCCUAUGGUGGUGCCUGGACGCAGCUAUGAUCUGCCUCAUAACGACAUGGUUGUGGCUAUUGGAUGGGGCACCAUUUCUCCUGGCGGCGUGCAAGCAGGACAGCUCCGCGAAGUGGAAGUUUGGCACGUGAGCAACGCCAUCUGUCGGCAGCGGUACGCGACCCUCGGCGCAUACAUCACCAACGACAUGCUCUGCUCCGGCUACCUCGACGUUGGCGGCCGAGACCAGUGCCAGGGCGAUUCUGGAGGCCCCCUCAUCCACAACGGCAAUGUGGUGGUCGGUGUGUGCUCGUGGGGGCAGAGCUGUGCUUUGGCUUUCUUCCCUGGAGUCAACGCGAAGGUAUCGGCGUUUACUGAAUGGAUUCGGAAGACCGCUUAAAUUGUUGGUUAAUUAAAUAGUAUUUU